AUGGCAUUGCAAACCGCGACUCCCGCUAUGCAGAUGAUCGACUCCACCGGUGCUCUGGAGAAAUUACUCAACGAGCUCGAUCACCUAUUGCAUAGACCCGCAGCUCUGUUCCUCGACGUCCAAACCACAAAUCCAGAACAAGAUGGCUCAAUCUCAGACAUCUCCCUGUUCGUCCGACCAAUCAAAAAGGUCUUCCUGAUUGACGUGCUCACACUAGGCGACCACGUGUUUGCGACUACCAGUCUCGCUGACAACUCGCUCAAACUCCUGCUUGAAUCUCCUGCCGUGCCCAAGAUCCUUUUCGACGUCAGUAACGCAUCUGCCGCCCUUUUCAAUCACUACGGAAUCCGCCUGAACGGAAUCAAAGACCUCCAGAUCAUGCAACUCGCGACGCAAUACCCGCGCGCCCAGCAAGCUCAGGCUGCAAGCUUGGAGACAUGCGUCGAGGAAGAUGCGCAGCCUCCUGCAAGAGCACUCGCGCUGUGGAAGCAGGUUCACAGCACUGUGAGUCAACUGCGAGAUCCAACGAAGGGAGGAAGCGAUGCUGUGUUCAAAGAGCGGCCUCUCAGGCAAGCAAUCCUCGAUUAUCACUUGCAGAACGUUCUGAUACUGCCAUGGUUGUGGGUCCUUUACUGCGAUACACUCUGCAAACCGAACAAUGCCUUCUGGCGAAGCAUGGUGUUUCACACCGUCCGGGACAGGAUCAGAGAAUCGACGAAUCCCGACAGUGCCCAUCGAGCUGAUGCCAGACGUUGGGGUUGGAGUCGGGAGUUCAUUGAAACUAGCAAAGCGGGAUGGAACGAGGACAUACUCCUUGAGCUCCAGGGGGUUCCUAUGGUGGACCGCUGCUGGCUCGAUCCCACUUUUUUCUGA